ACCAGUCAAAAGAAUGGAUUUUACAGAGGCCUACUCGGACACGUGCUCUGCAGUUGGACGUGCUGCCAGGCAAGGCAAUGUUAAAGUCUUAAGGAAACUCCUCAGAAAGGGCCGUAGUGUUGAUGUUGCUGAUAACCGGGGAUGGAUGCCAAUUCAUGAAGCAGCUUAUCACAACUCUAUAGAAUGUUUGCGGAUGUUAAUUCAUGCAGAUUCAUCGGAAAACUACAUUAAGGCAAAGACUUUUGAAGGCUUCUGUGCAUUACAUCUUGCUGCCAGUCAAGGACAUUGGAAGAUUGUACAGAUUCUUUUAGAAGCUGGGGCAGAUCCUAAUGCAACUACUUUAGAAGAAACCACACCAUUGUUUUUAGCUGUUGAAAAUGCACAGAUAGAUGUGUUAAGGCUGCUGCUUCGACACGGAGCAAAUGUUAAUGGAUCCCAUUCUAUGUGUGGCUGGAACUCCUUGCACCAGGCUGCUUUUCAGGUAACCUCUGAAUUUAUUAUUCAUUUCCAUGUAAAUUGUGUGUUUUACCCUUUUAAAAUGACAGUUCUAUACAGUUUUUGCUUCCUACUUGCCUCAGGUGCAAAUGUCAAUUGUCAAGCCUUGGACAAAGCUACUCCCUUGUUUAUUGCUGCUCAAGAGGGUCACACAAAAUGUGUGGAGCUUUUGCUGUCCAGUGGGGCAGAUCCUGAUCUUUACUGUAAUGAAGACAAUUGGCAGUUACCUAUUCAUGCAGCUGCACAAAUGGGCCAUACAAAAAUCUUGGACUUGUUAAUACCACUUACUAACCGGAUCUGUGACACUGGGCCAGACAAAGUGAGCCCUGUUUAUUCAGCAGUGUUUGGAGGACAUGAACGGUGCUUAGAAAUAUUACUCCAGAAUGGCUACAGUCCAGAUGCCCAGACGUGCCUUGUCUUUGGAUUCAGUUCUCCCAUGUGUAUGGCUUUCCAAAAGGACUGCGAGUUCUUUGGAAUCGUGAAUAUUCUUUUGAAAUAUGGAGCCCAGCUAAAUGAACUUCAUUUGGCAUGCUGCCUGAAGUAUGAGAAAUUUUCAGUAUUUCGCUACUUUUUGAAGAAAGGUUGCCCAUUGACAUCAUGGAACUAUAUAUCUGAAUUUAUGAAUCAUGCAAUUAAAGCACAAACAAAAUAUAAGGAGUGGUUGCCACAUCUCCUGGUUGCUGGAUUUGACCCACUGACUCUACUAUGCAGUUGUUGGAUUGACUCAGUCAGCAGUGAAACCCUUAUCUUCACUUUGGAGUUUACUAAUUGGAAGAGACUUCCACCAACUGUUGAAAAGAUGCUCUCUAUUCGUGCUUCAAACUCCUCUUGGACUGUACAACAACAUAUUGCCUCCAUCCCAUCCCUAACCCAUCUUUGUCGUUUGGAGAUUCGGUCCAGUCUAAAACCAGAAUACCUACGAUCUGACAGUUUUAUUCGUCAGCUACCACUUCCAAGGAGCCUACAGAAUUAUUUGCUCUAUGCAGAGGUUCUGAGGAUGAAUGAGGUUCCAGAACUGGCUAUUCAAGAUGGAGAAAGAGAAGGCAGUGCUUAUGACCUCAGAGGAACUAAGAUGGAAGUUGAAGAAAAGCCUAAGCUUAUCCAGGAGAAGACUGCAGUUAUACCGAGUGCUGGGAUUCCUGGGUCCCUGUUGUUGGAUAUGAAGUAA